AUGCCUGUCCAUCGCCCGCGGCAGGCCCAGCGCAUCAACCAGCUGUUCAUCCUGGUGUCCAUCACCACCGUCUUCGCCCUCUACUUCCUCUUCUUCAGACAGCCGCCGGUACGAACCCAUGGCAUGUCCGGCUCGCAGCAACCGCAUAAGCAGGGAGCGCAGAGCUCGCAGCAGCCUGAUGCAGGCAAGCUAGCGACGGCGUCGAGGGAGCUGGUCGUCGCCAGCGUCAAGGCCGAUGAUACCGCGUGGAUACGAGAGCAACUCGCGGACUGGAAGGCGAAUAUCUACAUUGCCGACGCCGAUGCAACGAGCAAUUCGGGCCUCUCUGUGCCUGUGAAUAAAGGGAGGGAGGCCAUGGUGUAUUUGACGUACAUUAUAGAUCGAUACGACCAGCUGCCGGACUUUAUGAUAUUCAUGCACGGCCGGCGGUACCAGUGGCAUAACGAUGACCCAAUAUACGACGGAGCUUCGGUGAUACGCAAACUACAGCUUCAGGCUGUGGUCAAGACGGGAUAUGCGCCACUCAGGUGUACCUGGAUACCAGGCUGCCCCGUCGAACUACACCCGCUGAAACCCGUGGAUGAAGGCCCUAUCGUCCGCCAGCAGACCGAGCUCGCCUUUGCAACCGUCUUCAGGACUAUAUUCCCCGGUACCGAGGUGCCUGCGGAGGUGGGUGCGACAUGCUCGUCGCAGUUUGCUGCCACACGGGAGCAGGUCAUGCUGCGGCCCAAGGCUGACUAUGAGCGUAUUCGCAAAUGGCUGGUCGAGACUGACCUGCCUGAUGAUAUCAGUGGGAGAAUCAUGGAGUACAUGUGGCAUAUGAUCAUGCAGAAGAAACCGGUAUACUGCCCGCCAGCCGGGGAAUGCUACUGCUUCACGUUUGGUCUGUGUGAGCUGAAGUGCACGGCAGCCAAGUGUGAGAAGCAGUACGUCCUACCUACCUAUGCAGCUGUCCCUGAUGGAUGGCCGGCGAAGGGUGGAGGUGAGAAUGGAUGGCCCAAGCCAGACUGGAAUCAAUGA